AUGGCAAAGAAAGGCACCUUCAACAGCUCCUUCUUCGGCAAUUUUGCCACCAGGCUCCACGGAACACCCGUGCGCUUCGGCAUCCUGCUCGGCCAGCGUGUCGAGGCGUCCCUUGGAGACGUGGUGCUCGCUGCUGCGACGCCCCAGGUGCCAAAGGAGGAUGGUGAAGCCCCGCCUAUCAAGGAUGUGGCGACCCUCCUGAAAUCACAGCAGGGCGACAGCUCAUUCGCCAACUGGGCCGCGCAGCACAUCGACUCUUUGUCGAAGUUGGUUCCCGGUGGGAUCGUGCCUUUGGGCUGCUUCGUCGUGGCCAGCGAGGCCACGGCGAAAGACUUGGCUCCUCAAUUGGUGCCGCCGAUGCGCAACCUCAUCGACCCAUUGGUCUUAAGCAUCGACCCUUCAAGCAGGAAGACUUCCUGGCUGCAGCUGAGCAUGGGGCCAAAGCCUGCCCUGCGCCAAGCACAGAUGAAACCAGAGGCCUACAAGGAGCACUUGCUGCUAUGGACCACGACCGAAGUAGACGUGAUGUUGCCGUUUGAUGGAAGCCUUCCCCACGACGGUGACACCGCAGAGCUGGUCGAGCAGACAUCCAGGUAUGUCGAUCAAGAUCUACGAGAACGCUGUUGCUGUGUGCUGAGUAGCUCUCAGGUCGUCGAUUUCGGCAGCGAGGCGAAUGUCAGCGCCAUCGCAGCCAAGGGCGCAGAAGACCUGCGCAUCGGCUUCCUGCGCUCUGGAACUGUUCGUUCAGGAGGCAGUGAGAUUGGCAGUUCAGGGUGCAGGGUGCGAGCCACCAUCGCUGCCAGCAUUCUGAUCCUGAGGCGGAAUGUCGAAUUCCGCCACGCUGUGGAGCAGCUCCGCAAGGAAGUUGCCAAAACAGCCGCGGAGCGGCUUCAGGUGGCGCUUGACGACUGCCCAGGCGAGUUGUGCGGAAAGAGGUUGGACUUGCCCUGGCGCAGCUUCCACAUGCCGCAGGACCUCGAGCUGCCGCUGUGGUUUGGAGAUUAUUGCAUGAAAGACGAGGAGCAUGCAGAGGCGCGAGAGAGACUUGGCUUCUUCCUUGGUGCACAACCAGAUAUGCUCGAGCAGGCGCCUGAUCACUUGGAUGAGCAGAAGAUUCUCACCGCCAAGCAUCCGGGCACCUACGGACCCGAACCUGCAGAUGUGAAGCCAAAGGAUGUUUCCAACCCCACCGAGGACAUGCAGGAUCCCGGGCCACCCAAAGGACCCAUUGCAGCAUGUGUCGGGAUUGCUGUGCUGAUCGUGGCGGUCGCGAUACCACUGCUUCGCUGA